UGAAAGAGGUCAUAUUCCAAGCCUAUUGGGCCAAAAUCAAUUAUGGCCUAUUGUAUAGAGAUAAUAGAACGAAAAUGAUCGAACUAGAGAUCAAUUCUUUGGGGUUAUAAAUACUUUGCUACAAUGACACACUUAGCUAGAUACCCACCUCGUUCCUUUCUGUUAGCAUGUGCGCGUAGUAAGUAGGCCUACAGCGUCAUGCUUUCAGAUACCUGUCUUUUCAGAUUCCACAAUGAUUCUUUAAUUGUGGACACUGCAGUACAUCACCACACUCCCUCUCUUGCUCUUGGUCCUCAUCUUGGCCCAUCAUGCUGACCGCACAGAGGACAUGUGCAGCUCUGGCUGCACGCCAACUUCUAGGAGCUCCCUGCUCCUCACACGGCUUCAUCAACACACGCUCACAGACACACUCCCGACAGUUUCGUACCGCAACGUCCUGUCAGGAUGAAGUGGAUCUGCACCCGGAGUGGGCCAGCCUGGCCAAAAAACAACUGAAAGGGAAGAACCCAGAAGACCUGAUCUGGCGCACGCCGGAGGGCCUCAACAUCAAACCCGUCUACACUAAAGCAGACUCUGCAACGAAGCCAGACGAACUGCCGGGGGUCUUCCCUUACACUAGGGGGCCUUACCCCACCAUGUACACGUUCAGGCCCUGGACCAUCAGGCAGUAUGCUGGCUUCAGCACCGUGGAGGAGAGCAACAAGUUCUACCGGGACAACAUUAAAGCGGGUCAACAGGGUCUCUCGGUGGCCUUCGACCUCCCGACUCACCGCGGGUAUGACUCCGACAACCCCCGUGUCCAUGGUGAUGUCGGAAUGGCUGGGGUCGCCAUAGAUACUGUGGAGGACACCAAGAUGCUGUUCGACGGCAUCCCGCUGGAGAAGAUGUCGGUUUCUAUGACGAUGAAUGGAGCAGUGAUCCCGGUGCUGGCCAUGUUCAUCGUGACGGGGGAGGAGCAGGGGGUACCCAAGGAGAAGCUGACAGGAACUAUCCAGAAUGACAUCCUGAAGGAGUUCAUGGUGCGCAACACCUAUAUCUUCCCCCCGGAACCUUCCAUGCACGCCAUCGCUGAUAUCUUUGCCUACACGUCCAAGCACAUGCCCAAGUUCAACUCCAUCUCCAUCAGUGGUUACCAUCUCCAGGAGGCCGGGGCGGACGCCAUCUUGGAGGUGGCCUACACCAUCGCCAACGGCCUGGAGUACUGCCGCACUGGGCUGAAAGCUGGCCUCACUAUAGAUGAGUUCGCCCCCAGGUUGUCGUUCUUCUGGGGUAUCGGUAUGAACUUCUACAUGGAGAUUGCCAAGCUGAGGGCAGGCAGGAGGCUGUGGGCCACGCUCAUUAAGGAGAAGUUCCAACCCAAGCUGGCCAAGUCUCUGCUCCUCAGGACCCACUGUCAGACCUCAGGCUGGUCCCUCACUGAACAGGACCCGUAUAACAACGUGGUGCGUACUGUGAUCGAGGCGAUGGCUGCGGUGUUCGGGGGGACCCAGUCUCUACACACCAACUCUUUUGACGAGGCUUUGGGUCUACCAACGGUGAAGAGCGCCCGCAUCGCACGCAACACACAGAUAAUCAUCCAAGAGGAGUCUGGGAUACCCAAGGUCGCCGACCCCUGGGGCGGGUCACACAUGAUGGAGGCGCUGACCGACGAUGUCUACAACACUGCCCUAAAGUUUAUCAAUGAGAUCGAAGAGAUGGGAGGCAUGGCCAGAGCUGUGGCUGAAGGCAUUCCUAAACUACGCAUCGAGGAGUGUGCUGCUCGCAGACAGGCUCGCAUAGACUCAGGUUCGGAGGUGAUUGUUGGGGUGAAUAAGUACCGUCUCGAGAAAGAGGAGUCAGUUGAUGUGCUGGCUAUCGACAACACCAACGUACGCAACAAGCAGAUCGACAAACUCAAGAAGGUGAGGGCGAGUCGUGACGCUGAGGUGGCGAAGAGGUGUCUGUCGGCCAUAGAGGAGUGUGCUCGUACCAGGGAGGGGAACCUGCUGGGGCUGGCUGUGGAGGCUGCUAGAGCCAGAUGUUCUGUAGGGGAGAUCACAGAUGCCAUGAAGGCUGUGUUUGGGGAACAUAAAGCCAGCACCAGGAUGGUGAGCGGAGCCUACCGCAGCGAGUUCGGAGAGCAUGAGGAGAUCUCCACAGCACACAACCGGGUGGUGGAAUUUAAGAAGCAUGAGGGCAGGAACCCUCGUCUGCUGGUGGCCAAGAUGGGCCAGGACGGCCAUGACAGAGGGGCAAAGGUCAUCGCUACGGGAUUCGCUGACCUGGGAUUUGACGUUGACAUUGGACCGCUCUUCCAGACCCCCCUGGAGGUGGCUCAGCAGGCUGUAGAUGCAGACGUCCACUGUGUUGGGGUUAGCACGCUGGCCGCAGGACACAAGACCCUGGUCCCAGAGCUUAUCAAGGAGCUUCGCAACCUCAACCGCCCUGACAUCCUGGUCAUCUGUGGAGGGGUCAUCCCACCUCAGGACUAUGAGUUCCUGUACCAGAGUGGUGUGUGCUGUAUCUUCGGCCCCGGGACGAGAAUCCCUCAGGCUGCAGUAGAGGUGAUAGACAACAUUGAGAAGAGCCUGGACAAGAUCCGCCAGGCCAUGUAGACAGAUUGCUGAUGAACAAUAUAACUCAAUAAUACAGUCUACUAUGUGUGUGUGUGUGUGUGUGUGUGUGUGUGUGUGUGUGUGUGUGUGUGUGUGUGUGUGUGUGUGUGUGUGUGUGUGUGUGUGUACACACAGCAAUGGGAAGAAGUUGCAAACAUAGGCGUGUGAUAUCUGCACAGGAUGAUAGAAUAGCGCAAUGAGAUUGUGACAUGAAUAUAUUCAUAAUGACUGUAUGAAUUUUGCCAAAACCACACCCAAUAAUAUACAGUUUAGUCUACAGAUCUGUAAGUCUGUCUUCAUCAGCGUUUCUCAAUCCAUUUCUGGAGGACACCCCUAUUCAUCUAAUCAAGAACUUGGUGAUUGGUUGUGUACAGUAAGUGCUGGGUUUGAGCAACAUGUGUUCUUUCUGAGCACUCCCCUAAGAAUAGAUUGUGCAACACUGAUAUGGGGGCGGCAGGUAGCCUAGUGGUUAGAGCGUUGGACUUGUAACCGAAAGAUCGAAUCCCCGAGCUGACAAGGUAAAAAUCUGUCGUUCUGCCCCUGAACAAGGCAGUUAACCCAUUGUUCCUAGCCGUCAUUGAAAAUAAGAAUUUGUUCUUAACUGACUUGCCUAGUUCUAUAAAGGUAAAAUAAAUAUAGACAGAUGUUUGUAAAAACUGAAAAUAUAAUAGUGUGAAAUCUGCACAGGAUAUUAUGGUAGAACAAGGAGAUUGUGGAAAUAUUCGUAAUGACUUUUUGAAGUGAUCCAUACUGUAUGUUAUCUAAAGUCACUGAACUUAUGUUGUCAAUAAAAAUGUGAUUUGUUUGCUGUAA